AGUUGGCAGUGCUUGUGAAUCCUCGUCACAGUUCCGCAUCUCGGCCUUUUUCACUACCGGGUACACGAAUGUUGUGUGUCGACGAAUAGAAGCGGCAGCAGCGGGCGGCGGCAGGCCGCAUUUUCCUUCCCGUCAAUCUACCUCCCCUCCCAGUUGUGACGUUUUAUAAAUAGAAGGCCUCGAUUGGUCAUGGUCCCUGUCAAUCACCGCAUGGUCCCCCUGUGCUCAAGCAAACUGCCGGCGGUGGGCGGGGGCUUGCUGAGAAAACGAUAAGGUCAUUUGAAUUACGGCUUCAUCAGUCACAAUGAAGCUAGAAAUCAUAUCGCGGAUCGGCAUAAUGGACGGAUGAUGCUCGCCGGGUCAAAGUCGAGACGCUCAGCCAGGCCAGACGCAGCGGAGGCGCUCUGGAAUUAACAACGACAAGAGGGAAGGCGAUCCCCGUUACUCGUAUCCGUCUCCGUGCGUCUCCUAGCGCCGCGAUCAAGCCGAGCCGAAACGGUCGUGUGCGAGGCGGAGAGGAGGCGACCAGCAGGCUGGCCUGUAAGCCGAUCAAGGAUCUUCGCGUCUGGGAUUUCUUCUUUUGCACGUUACGUGCUGUGAGCGUGCCAGGAUGCUGCGUUUGGCGUGCUGCACGGCCCUGCUCUUGGUCUUGAGACUGUUGAUGGGCCUGCCUUGGUUCCAGGUCCUGCCAGCCGUCCUGAUCUUCUACCUGGGUAGCGGAGGAUGGCGCUUCCUACGGAUUUUCGUCAAAACAAUCGGCAGAGACUUGCACGCGGCAGCGGUGCUGUUACGAGUCAAGAUGAACGUCAAACGUCACCUGCGGGAGAAGAACACCAUUCCCGCCAUCUUUGCCGAGACGGUACGCCGUCACGCGGACAAAACGGCGCUGAUCUUUGAGGGCACCGGCGAGACGUGGACCUUCCGGCAGUUGGACGAGUACUCCAACCAAGUGGGCAAUCUGCUGCUGCAGCGUGGCUUCAAAGAGGGCGACGUGGUGGCCAUUUUCAUGGAGAACAGGUCCCAGUAUGUGGGACUCUGGCUUGGCAUGGCCAAGGUUGGCGUGGAGGCGGCGCUCAUCAACUUCAAUUUGAGACUGGAGGCCUUGGUGCACUGCAUCAGCAUUUCCAAUGCCAAAGCUGUGGUCUUUGGAUCCGAGAUGACUGAUGCUGUCUCCGAGGUCCACGUUUCAAUGGGGAAGACGGUGCGGAUGUUUUGCUCCGGAGAAUGGGACCCCAAACGGGUACCGCAGGGUACAGAGUGCCUCGAGCCGCUGCUCGCCGCUGCCCCUUCGCAUCUGCCCAGUCGACCGCAACGCUGCUUCACUGAUCGCCUCUUCUACAUCUACACGUCAGGAACCACCGGGAUGCCUAAAGCGGCCAUUGUCGUGCACAGCAGGUAUUACCGCAUGGCCGCUCUGGUGUAUUAUGGCUUCAGGAUGACACCAGAUGACGUCUUGUAUGACUGCCUUCCACUCUACCACUCUGCAGGUAACAUUGUGGGUGUGGGCCAGUGUAUCAUCCACGGCAUGAGUGUCGUCAUCAGAAAGAAAUUCUCCGCCUCCCGUUUCUGGGACGACUGCGCCAAGUACAACUGCACCAUCGUGCAGUACAUCGGCGAGAUAUGCCGCUACCUGCUCAACCAGCCCGUUCGGGACAUGGAAAAACGGCAUCGUGUGCGCAUGGCGCUCGGUAACGGCCUGCGUCAGUCCAUAUGGGAGGAAUUCAUGACGCGCUACAACAUUCCGCAGAUCGCCGAAUUCUAUGGCGCGACCGAGUGCAACUGCAGCUUGGGGAACUUUGACAACAAGGUGGGCGCGUGCGGCUUCAACAGCCAAAUUCUACCCUUCAUCUACCCCAUCCGACUAGUCAGAGUCGACGAAGAGACCAUGGAGCUCAUCCGAGGGCCCGACGGCGUCUGCAUUCCUUGUAAGCCCGGCGAGCCCGGUCAGCUGGUGGGCAGGAUCAUUCAGAACGACCCCCUCCGCAGAUUUGAUGGUUACGUCAAUCAAUCCGCAACCAGCAAGAAGAUUGCUCAUAGUGUCUUUAAGAAGGGGGACAGCGCUUAUCUAUCUGGCGACGUGCUGAUCAUGGAUGAGUGCGGCCACAUGUACUUCAAGGACAGGACGGGAGACACGUUCCGCUGGAAAGGAGAGAACGUCUCCACCACUGAGGUGGAAGGGACCCUCAGCAGGCUGCUGGAUAUGAAAGACGUCGUGGUCUACGGGGUGGACGUUCCUGGCGCGGAAGGGAAGGCCGGGAUGGCGGCCAUCGCCGAUCCGAAUCACUCCUGUGACCUGGAGAAGUUUGUGAAGGAUCUGGACAAGGCUCUUCCGCCAUACGCCAGGCCGGUUUUUCUCCGCUUUCUUCCAGAAGUCAACAAGACUGGAACGUUUAAGUUCCAGAAAACGGAUCUUCGACGAGACGGCUUUGACCCGCGGGUGGUGUCGGACAGACUGUACUUCCUGGAUUCCAGCAGAGGGCGCUACGUGCGACUAGACGAGGAGUUAUACCGCUCCGUACUUUCAGGGAAACAUAAAUUGUGAUCAUGGAGCUUCCCUUGACAUCACCACGUGUAUGUAUACACACGCUCACACACAAACGGUUACAAAAACGACAAGGUUUUGCGCGAUCGAGAUGGAAAAUUGCAGGAAAUGAAAUGGCCACACACAUAUUCCCACAUCCGCAGAGUCCUUUUUGGAUCGCUCCGGCACACGCAGCAGCGCUCCCUUCAUCCCCGCUGAAGUCUCUCUGGCACCACCUCAGGCUACCUCAGUUAAUACACGUAAUAAAAAAAACCACACACACACACGCAGUAUCAUAAAGUAACGAGAGCUCACUGGUAGCUUGAAACCAACCAUCAGAACCACAUUGAGUCUGCACUGGAUCAUGAAAGCCUGUUUUUGCUGGAAGCUGACCGAGACCGCCCAAAAAGUACAAAGAACCACACAAGUCUCGAAGGAUUGUGACCCAGAGGAAGCCGUCUGUUUUCUUGUUUUUGGAUUUUGUCUGGCGGAGAGGCUCAGUGGGCACUGUAAGCCGAGCGCGGCAAAGCACCCCCUCUGCAACCUCACCGCGUGCAUUUCAAACCUUGGCCGACACGAGACGACGCGUGGAAAAGAAUUCAGGCGGCGAAGACUCGCUCGAGUGGGGCAGCAGUCACUUGGAAAACGCCCCGCGGGAGUUGAUGUGAAUCAAAGCUUUCUAUUCAAAUACUUUGCACCAAAUGUUAAGUUUGUUUACAUAUUCGGUGGAAAUGGAAUUUAUUUAUGUUCGCCGUAGUUGUGAAAAUAGAAUUUUUCUUUGACACCUCUUCAAGCUUUAUUUUUAUGCAGAAUUGCGCUGCAGAAAGAAAAUUACCGUGAUUUGUUCCGUAGCCACAAAGGAGUCACGGAGA